CUGACUGCCUUGCUCACCUUGAGUACUUACUACCUCUUUAAACAAACAAGUAAAUCUGUACGUCCAGGGAAGGAGCGAUCUUAUCUCGAACAUCAUAUCGUUCCUGUUUCCUGCGUCCAAGCAUCCGACCUCUACGCUCUCCAGUACAAUCUCUUCUCUUAUUGUAAAGUCCCAAAAAACCAAGCAACGUCACACUGAACAGUAUCAUGGCAAUCAUGUACGCAAGCCAGCCCUUCGAACCCUCUCAGGUCGACAGGCAAAUAUGCAUGUAGAUUUUUCGCGGCUGACCGCUACCUCACUCAGGCACCGCAACAUGUCCAUCCGGGGCCGGAGGAAUUCCGCGCCCAACCGGACCCGGUUCAGCUUCUCGACCCUGCGCGGCCACCAGCAGCCCGAGACCAGCCGGCGACUCAACCAGCUCAUCAAGAACGAGAACGCGGCCAUCGGCGCCCACGAGAAGGCCGGCCGGGAGCGCGUCUCCAUCGCCAACCAGCUGUCCGACUGGGGCGAGUGGACGGAGGACGAUGCCGUCUCGGACAUCACGGACAAGCUCGCCGUCCUGAUGGCGGAGAUGGGCGAGCAGGAGGACAACUUCGCCCAGUACCUCGAGGAAUCGCGCGUGGUCCUGAAGCACAUCCGGGACACCGAGAACUCGGUGCAGCCGUCGCGCGACCAGCGCGCCAAGAUCGCCGACGAGAUCCAGAAGCUCAAGUGGAAGGAGCCGCAGAGCAACCGGAUUGAUAUCCUGGAGCAGGAGCUCGUCCGGGCCGAGGCGCAGAGUUUGGUGGCCGAGGCGCAGUUGACUAAUGUGACUCGAUCGAAGUUCAAGGAGGCGUACGAUAUACACCUGGCGGCUGUUAUCGAGCGCGGAGAAAAGCAGAUCCUGCUGGCCCGUCACGCACGCCGUUUGCUCAACCAUCUAGAUGACACUCCGGUCGUCCCGGGAGACUCCCCUCGGGAGUAUGACCAGAUUUCGGCCACAAGACAGGUCAUUGAGGAUGCUGAGAAUGAACUUCGCGCGUGGGAGAGCAGCGCAGAGCCCAUUCAUACUUCAGCCGGGAACGCCCUGGACAGCACCCUUCUGCCACGGUCCGGUCGUGGCGUGCGUGACUCGCAAGGGGCUUAUGCAGUUGAAACAACUGCUUCGGACUCCGUGCGGGACGUGAACGGUUCCGCAGAGGGGUCGUAUGCCCAAGGCACUGGGGCGAACGGAUAUGCCCGUGAUACCCCCGCCGAGCCGUAUGCUAACGGCAACGACACUGGGGUAAAUGGAUAUGCUCGCGAGACCCCCGCCGAGCCGUAUGCGAACGGUCACGGUACUGAGGCAUUUCCUGAUGCAGCCCAUCGGGAUUCGUAUGCUGAUGGAACGGAUCAUGACCGCUACGUCGACGGUGCCGGCUCUGAGCUGUAUGCUGACACCUCCGCCCCGGAGCCCGCAACCACCAAUACUGCUGCUGAAGAACGUUAUACCACCGGUACAGCUCAAGACCCAGCCGUUAUUAGUGGAACCGAAGCGCAGUCCAGCAAGAUUCCUGGUACAGAGAAGUACACUGGUGAGGAAGUUCAGGGACAGACUGCUAACGGGGUUGUUUCCGAACCCGUUGGCAAGACCAGCGAAGAGCUGCUGCGGACAUCACAGGACCUGCAGUCGGCGCCUAUCUCUCGUGGCUCUGAGGUUCCUUAUGUAUCGAGCCCUAUUCCUGCGCAUCCAAUUGCCGUUCCGAUUUGAUUCUUACCUGUUCAUGUUCGGCUUGGAUUUUGGGUCUCUUGCAUGUCUUAAGUUCGGUUACUAUGAAAAUGAGGGUUUAGGUCGGGUCAGCG